AUGAUUGAAGAAGCUUUCCCACCUUUACCAUCUCCUGCUGCGACAGCUCAAGAAACGGACAGAGCCGGUACCAUGUUUUCCCCGCUGGCUGACGUUCCUGUCGCUGCAGCACCACCAGUCAUUACUAUCCAUAAGGGCGGAGAUCUGGUUAUUAUCUGUGAAACUGCGCCUUAUAAUUCAUUACCUGAGAAAACAAGGCAUAUGUUUCGACUCUCUAGCCUGGAAAUCACGAGAGCUAGCGAAUAUUUCAAGGCCCUGCUAGACCCAGCCAAAUUCCAGGAAGGCCGAUCGCUUCUGCAGAGCUAUGAACAAAUGGAGACCCAAUACGGGUCAAGGGAGUUGGCUUUAAAGAACAUGAAAGUAGGCGAGCUGCUCCAUAUCAAAAUCGAGCUCCCCCCACUGUCGACCAAAAUCAACCUACGGGAGACUUUGGCAUUACCCAAUGGGCUCAAGGAGUUCACCGUUAACACUAUUUCUACACUGGCUAGUGUGCUCGUUCUUUCGGAUAGGUUUCUCUCAAAUGAUACCAUAAGAUGUGCUUUCAGGUUUGUUUCACGGGAACAUGUAGGACCAUUCAGCUAUUCAAGCAUCAUAGCCAGACUACAGCGUUGUGAAAGUGGAGAUGAAGAAUGCAUUAGACAGGGAAUCUUCUCAGCACAUUUCCUUAACGAGCUAUUAGCCUUCUCCAGACUGACGCAGUCGCUAAUUCUUCAGGGUUCCGUGAACUGGAUGGCAGAAAAGCCUGGUGGCACGUCUGGACUUGACAAACCACUAUGGUGGCACUUGCCAGGAGGCAUAGAAGAAGAACUCCAAUUUCGGCAUGACACUAUAAUCGACACCAUCAGUGAGAUACAGAAUCAUUUUCUUGUCGCCUAUGGAGCAGUUAAUCCAUAUCAGGCACUACAAUAUUCUUCUCUCUUUGAUCAGCCGAAGAGACAAUUACAGUGCCGCCGUGCGUUGGAAAACUCUGAAGCAUGCGAUUCUUUCCAAUUGGGCGAGAUGAUCCGUUAUUUUACCAGCCAGUCCAAAACACUCUUCCUGGAAUCCGGGUUAUACUCGGAGUCAGGUAUAGGAAACCGUGAAGAUGCACAUGAAGGCUCCCAGGCUUCACACUUUGCCCGAGAAUACGGGAAGAAGAACCCAGAUAAUUCCACUGGUAAAAACCAGGCAGCAACGAACGCAGCCGAAAUGGCUAACAUUAAUACCAUACUUUCCUACCUGAGGUGCUACCCGGAGCGUCAAAUGGAUUCUUACCACAUAGGAUGUGGACUUCGCCGCCGGCUUCUUCCUCUUCUGGAUUAUAUCGGUAAAUUAUGUAUCAUGGGCAAACCAUCCAAGACACCACGCUUUGGGCAAAUUGGCCUAUGCAAAAAUCACAACCUUUUUGAUAAUGGUGGCCCCGAUUCAUGGAGCAACAACCAGACCCGGGAAGGGAUGUCUGUUGUUGCAAGCGCUCACUCACCGGUUUCCGUUAAAUAUCACGGUAUAAACGCAUCAGUUGCCUUUAGAAAGCGCUUUAAGUCUCGACCGACCGUUUUAUGCAACUGUGAACGGUUCACAUUGGAGGCAAGGGGUUUCUUUACAGCCAAGAAUCGGCGCUGGGAAUGCUAG